CACCAAACACGCAAUCACGCGGAGAGCUAGUUUGGGAGGAAGCGUGAGAGAGAAGGCUGCUCGGAAAGAACAAUGGGAGUUGAAGUUGAGACCAUCAGGGCCGGAGAUGGAAAGACAUUUCCGCGGAGCGGACAGGAAGUUACCGUGCACUACGUCGGCACGCUGACAAAUGGACAACAGUUCGACUCCUCCAGGAAACGGGGAGAGCCCUUCAAGUUCAAAAUUGGAGCCGGCCAAGUAAUUCGUGCUUGGGAUGAGGGUGUAGCUCAGAUGAGUGUUGGCCAGUUGGCCAAGUUGACCUGCUCGCCGGACUAUGCCUAUGGCAGUAGAGGAUUCCCACCCAUCAUCCCGGCAAAUUCCACUCUCAUCUUUGAAGUGGAGCUGCUGAGUUGCUGAGUGUUUAAGAUGAAGGUUGUUCUUCAGAGUUUCUCAUUCCACCCACAUCUCUGACACAAAUAACUGUUUAAUUAAAGGUGCUGUCAGUAGCAUUUAUAAACAUGAAUAAGUGAUUGUAGAAAGAUUGACGGUGUUCUGAUAUGAGACCAUGACUAACACAUGAGACCAUACUAAUGCCAGUGGGGGUGUUGGUGCUAAGAUAACAUUUUAAUACAAAAACUGUAAAGAAAUGGCACAGCAUGUUGGGAAACAGCCUUAUUUCAUCUAGGAUCCGUGUGGCCUAUAUUCUUACAUUAGUAUGAUAAAUCUUAAACUCUUUUGUGUGUGCCAAAAAACAAUCUAAAAGAAUUGCCACCAAAUUUGAACCAGUGACACUAAAUCUAGAUGUAGUUUAUUUGUCCAUAAAUGUAUUCUGGUGUGUGGCAAUGGUUAUUAAUGUCAAAAAUGCACAUGAAACACCUUUUAAUGAAACGCUUAUUUGUGUUUUCUUAGCUAAAUGUAUUCCUUCAAUGGGUGCAUUGAGUUGACAGCUUGAAACUUUGACACAGCAAAAAGAAACACUUCAUAUCUUUGGGAACAUUAAUGUCUUAUGAUUUAAUUUUCAUCCCACUUGUGUUGCCAUUUAUAGUGCAAGGAACAGAUUUUAAAUCCCAUCCAUUGUUAUUGGUCUUGGCAAGUGUCCUUGCUUUAUGGCAUCAUGCUUCACAUAUUUGUUAAUGUCUUAUUUCUUCAUGCCAUCCUUUCGAAAUUGUCUAACUGGUGGGUAUUGCAUUCUUGCAUUAAAAGAAAGUAUACAAAAUUUAUGCGUCAUUC